AUGUUACCGUAUCUCCAGGCCGGUCGCACUCCUCUCCAUUAUGCAGCUGCUGAUCCUAAUGGUGAACAUAUGAUUAAGGUGCUGCAGAAGGCAGGAGGAGACGCUUUUAUCGACGAUAAGGUGGAAAUCCAAUCCCAUUCAAAAUUAUCGGAAUUUAUCCUAACCUUUGCUUUUAGCACGGCCAUACACCGUUUUACUACCGUACCCACGGCCAGCGACUGA